CCUUUCUCCUUCCGGUUAAGUGUGAAUGUUUCCGGAAGUCGGUUGUCGAUGGGACAGUAUUUAUACCGUUACAGACUUCAGAGGAUUGUAGGUUCCCGUGUCCACUCCAAGCAGCAGGAACAUGUCUCAGGCUCGAGUUACUGAUUUCUUUUCUCAGAAAAAGAGAAGUCUCAGCUGUCUGAAGCCAGCCAAGCAGCACGGGAGAGCAGCUGUCGGCACCAGGUCAACAUCCUCCAGAAACAAUGGCUUCCUCUGCUCGUCCUCCGUCCAUGAAGAGUUUGUCAGAGUUAUCGACGAGGCAGUGGAGCUGAACGACGGGGUUCGUGUUGUAAGUAAUGCGACCGACGACCCCACCUCCAGUCCCCGGACCCCGAAGCGGACCUCGGCCGAGUUUGAGGUCGGAGUGCUUUCAGCCACCGCCGACCACAGCACGGCCAAGAAGAGACGAGAGGAGGUCGUGACCGUCCAGGAGAGAGGAACCAGAACCAAGGCCAGGAAGAAGCUGGUCCUCCCCCAAGACACACCGCAGGCUGUAGUCAGAUCCAUGUCCAGUGAGGGCUCUCAUCAGCACUCAGCUCCGGCAGCCCCUGUUUCUGGACAGAAGGCUGAGAACCACCUUCACGUCCAAACCAACAGCUGUCCACAGAGGGGGGUCAACCGCAAGAACAAUAAAGGACAGGAUAGCACGGCUUUGUGUAAAGAGAGCAUUGCAACCCUCAAGUCUCGCCUUCAGAGGAUCAAGAAACGCACAGAGGAAAUAACCAGCGCUUCUUCCCCUGCUUCAGCUUCCACAUCCUCCUUGUCUCCAGCCGGUUCAGCUCCUCACAAAACAACCCCACCUGUCCCCCAAACCAUCCCACUUGCUGCCUCAGAUGCAAAGCCCCUUAAGUUCACUCUAGCCCGAGUCAAAGAGCUUGCAUCAAAAGCUCAACGGAGGAAGGAGGAGAGAGAAGCCGAGGAGAGCAAGCUGAGUGAGGACAGUACCGGGCAGCCAGCAUACCAGCGGUACCACGCUCUUGCCCAGGCGGCACCACCAAGCCUGACCCUGCCUUUCCAGUACAAGGUGCUGGCAGAGAUGUUCAGGAGUAUGGACACGUUGGUGGCCAUGCUGCAUAACCGCUGCGAGACAGCCACCUUUGGCAAGAUCAAACGGGGAGUUCAGGACAUGAUGCACAAGCGGUUUGAGGAGAGCCAUGUUGGUCAGAUAAAGACAGUGUUUCCUGAGGCCUACACAUUCAGACAGGAGAAGAAUGUCCCAACCUUCAACAGCAGCAUUAAGAAGGGCGGCUACCAGCUCACUGUAGAGCCUGUCAUUUUCUCUGACCAGAAUGAGGCGCGUCCUGUCCUGUCAGCCUCUAGCCUCCUGGAGAGAAGACGCAUCUUCCAACUGAAUCUGCUCUCUAUUGUCAAACGGCACCACAAGAUCUUCCUGUCCUUGUUAGUUCCUCCAGUGUCUGUUCCUGAAGACAAACUGACCCGCUGGCAUCCUCGCUUUAAUGUGGACACUGUCCCAGCUGUCUUAACUAGCUCGCUGCCUCAGCCUCCUUACACUGACAAACUGGCCACUGCUCAGGAGGUGCUGGACACGGCUCGAUCACUCAUAACGCCCAAGAUGGAGAAGGCUCUGAUUUCCCUGGCUCAGAAGACAGAAGAUAAAGCUGCAGAGAGUAAGGAGCCAGCAUCUCCACAGAACCCAACAGUCCCCCAAGUAUCCGCUCCAUCGACCGCCCCUGCAGUUCAGGUCCCAACGUCCUUAAAAGGAGUGUCCCAGUCACUGCUGGACAGAAUUCGUGCAAAAGAGGCCCAGAAGCUCCAGGCAGCCAUGACACGAAACCCCAUACAAGAGGAGCGCCUGCUGAUGAUGUCACGGCUUCCUGAGCUUGCCAGGAUUCUCCGGAACGUUUUUGUUGCAGAGAAGAAACAAUCUUUAAUUAUGGAAGUGGCCUGUAACAGGAUGGUGGCCAGCUACAGAUCUGCUCUCAGUACAGGUGAAAUGGAGAAAAUGAUCCGUCUGCUGGCAGAAGUGGCUGCUGAUUGGCUGACCAUUCAUCCAAUAAGGAAGGACUUCUACCUGAAGUUAAACAAGAACAUGGAGCUCAACAACGUUCUGGACAAACUGAGCAGCAGACUCCAAGAGGAGGAGAGAAUCUGAGAUGUAAAUGACAGAAUGAUGACCCAGUGAAUUUCUCACGCCCUUGAUGUGAGAGCUGCAAGCAGACUGAAGGCUAGUUGCUAUAAAGUCCAAUAUCUUUAUGUGAAUUGCAGUAGUUUGUGGAUAGAAGGCAAGAAUAUCUGACAUGUUAAACACAGUGGUGUUUUGUUUUAUGCCCUGCCGUCAAGGCCAUACAGAAAUGGUCACAGAUUGAUCUGGGCACAGCUCCAGCACAUAAGUCUGUCCCAAAGGUACGGCCAGACCUAAUGCUGGCGUUUAUUAUUCCACCAAACCCGUGUUGUAAAGUGGCUGUUUUAACCAAAGUGGCUGUUUUAACCAAAUUUCUGUAAUAUUGACUGCUUUGUUUUAUUUUUCCUCCAUGAAAGGGUUAUGUAAGAGUCUUCUUUCAGUCAUUUUAGAGAUCAAUUUUCUACAAUGUAGAACUGAUGAGUGUUGACAUUUUUUUGAGGUCACUGUUUGAUAAUGUUUAAGAAAUACAACCAUUUGUCCAAGUUCUGCUGCCUCCACUUGUGGUUA